CUGGAGGCGGUACCUAAAAUGGCGGCGGCGACUGCGCGUUAGCGAAGGGUUGUCAGAGCGGGGCCUGGCCGUUCCCCAUUGUGUGCCUGCUGCGGAGAGGAAGCUCGAGGGCUUUUCGCUGCUGCUAGGGAUGGAGACGGAGCCUCUGGAAGGAGACGGCGGCGGCCAUGAGGGGCCUAGGACGACUUCGACCACGGGCCCCGGACUCACUGCUUCUCAGCGCCGGGCCGAGAUUCGCCGGAGGAAACUGCUGAUGAACUCCGAGGAUCGGAUCAACCGGAUCAUGGGCUUCCACCGGCCAAAGGCGGAUGAUGACAGCCAUUCAGAGUCAAAACUUCAGCUGGAACAAGAUAAGCCGAGCACCCUUCCCACUCCUGUUUCCAAACGGGUUGUGCUAGGUGACACUGUUUGCAGUUUAGCAGGAACAGCCGACCAUGCAAGCAGUGCAAUAGAGCACAAGGGAGAGAAAAAGGACUUGUUUAGCAUAACUCCCGAGGUUGGAAAUGAUGGCACUGGCGAACUCCGGCAGCGCAGCAGAGGGGAUCUGAUGGAGGUUCCGCAGAGAGCACCUCGCCACGGGUUAGACCAGUAUCUCUCAAGGUUCGAUGAAGCAAUGAAGCUAAGAAACCAACUUAUCAGUGAGAAGCCAAGCCAGGAAAAUGGAAAUGUGGUGGAGGAAUUUGAUUCCUUCCGCAUUUUUAGAUUAGUGGGGUGUGCACUACUUGCCAUUGGAGUUAGAGCUUUUGUGUGCAAAUACUUGUCAAUAUUUGCUCCAUUUCUUACCUUACAACUUGCAUACAUGGGGUUGGCGAAGUAUUUCCCAAAGAGUGAAAAGAAAACGAAGACCACCGUAUUGACUGCUGCUCUUUUACUGUCUGGGAUCCCUGCAGAAGUGAUUAGUCGUUCCAUGGACACUUACAGCAAAAUGGGGGAUGUUUUUACAGACCUUUGUGUCUAUUUCUUUACUUUCAUCUUCUGCCAUGAACUGCUUGUGUUUUUUGGUUCCUGAAGUGCCAUGAUAGCUGUGGAACUUGGUGUAAUACUUCAGCUGGACUGCGUCACUCUUGAUUUCAUACAUGCCUCUGGAUAUAUAAACAGUGUUAACCCUAUAUCCAAUACUUGGUUCAGUGCAGCUUAAACAUACUUUGAUAGGGAAGAGCCUCGAAGUCCCAGCUUUGAAGCUAAAUUGGUAGAUUUUGAGUGCAGUGCAGAGUGAUCUCAGAUAUGGAAGGUCAAAUGCAAAUAUUGGUCAAUGGUCCAAGGACACACCUUUCUGUAAAACUGAAAUGUGCCCUUUCUGUCCACCACCCCAGUUACAGGAAUCGCCCUGAAACACUAAUCUUUCCCUUUGGCUCUACGAUUUGAGAGCACAGUGCAGCUGAGGUCUCCUACUUGAAUAGAAUUAUGUUAGUCUUUAUGGGUGAAUCCAAGGAUUCCAUGAGCAAAACUCAACUCAUCAGACGCUCCUGCUGGAAGAAAGUGGGGGAGGUGAUUUUUGUGUUCCUCCUAUACCAGAGGGCUGGGGAUUCUCCAAACUUGCGGGGAUAGCACAGGAGGAAGAGGGGAUCAGAAAAAAAUUGUUCCCCUCUCCCUUUAUCCAGCAGGAGUCUCUGAUGGGUCUCUAGUUUUUUCUCCAACUGGAUCUUUCUGUUCAUGGAAGGAAUGCUCUGAAUACAAGCUUAUCAUAGGAAUAUCCUAGGAGUUUAUUCUAUUAGCUUAUAUCCCUCAAUUUAUGCGUUUUAGCAGUCAGGAUAGUCUUACAAAAAUACGGUCAGUGCCAAGAUUGAUUCUACAAUAGAAUUAGGCUGGAUGUACGUCAUCAUUUUAUGUCUUCCUUAAACGGGGUAGCAUUCUCUUUGUUUUCUUGUAGUUAGGAAGGUUUUAUUUUAGGAUGUGAAUGCAAGAGCUAAGACCAGGCAUCCCCAAACUGCGGCCCUCCAGAUGUUUUGGCCUACAGCUCCCACGAUCCCUAGCUAACAGGACCUGUGGUCAGGGAUGAUGGGAAUUGUAGUCCAAAACAUCUGGAGGGCCGAAGUCUGGGGAUGCCUGGCUAAGAUGAAGCAGUGAAAUUCAACUUCUGUAUGUGUUCCCAUUAAGCAUUCAUUGGGUGAUAUCCAACGUUAAUCAUACUCAAAGUAGACCCAUUAAAAUCAGUGGAUUUUAGUCCUUCAUUUCAGUUAGUCUACUCUUGAGUUUGACUUGCAUUGGAUACUGCCUGCUAUCUUUUUUUUUUUUAACCUGACUAGGAAUCUUAAUUACUUGUGUUUACAUGAUCUAAUGCAAUAUACAGCAUUAGUGCAGAUUAAAAAGCUGCUCUCUUGGGUAAACUAUACUUUCGUACCUAAAAAUGUCACAAGUUUUGCUCAUUCCUCUGACUUGACAAGUGCUUUUUUUGUUCAUUGUAGUAUAAAUUAACACAGGUUUCUGCUUCCUAUUUCCUAUAUCUUCCUUUGCAAGAAUAUUGCAUGUGGAGUCUGGUCAUUCUCUUUUGUCUGGACAUUCAAGGGAUCAUUACAUUUAUCAGUAGCAGGGGAACAAUGUGACUUGUAAGAGUACAGACCAGAUUUUAACCAUAAUUUUAAUCAAAUUAUUAGUUUGUACAGUUGCUUACAUGUUCAUUUCACAUGGGAAUGCUGACUCACAAUUAGGUUUUUAUAGCCCAUCUGAAACAGAUACAGUGAAGCGUCUUCCAUCAAAAACAUUAGGGCAAUUCUAGGUAAAUGCUCUUGAUUGGUUCAUUUCUGAAAGAUUCCUUUCUAUUGGUCAGUACCAUAAAAACAAGUCUUUACUUGGUUUUAGCUGGUGGCCCUUCGUAUUUAUUUAUUUAUUUAUUUAGAGUUAAGUUCCUUCAGUAAAUCACAGUUGCUGUUUACCAUUAAAAACAGAUUUUAUUACUAAAAAAUAAAUACAAAUAAAUUAAGAACCCUAUAAUAUUAACGUCUGGUUCAGAUGGAGCCCAGGUUUAGAGAGCAUGCAUACCCAACCUUCCUUUCUCCCUUCCCAUCUUUCUCUGCUCUGCUUCAGUGCUGUGUGCAAUGUUUGCGGUCCCUGGCUCACUUCUGAACCUGCCACCCUGACAAGUAAUUGGCACCAGCCUUAGAUAUUCAGUGAUAAAUUAGGCUGGGAGAAAUCAGGCUAUUAUGUAAUAGUUACCUUUUUGCUGAAGGAUGAGUGGAUAUUUGCCUGGGACCUUAAGAAUUAAAGGGAAUAAAUGUUCUGGAGGUACAGUGGCCAUCAUAAACGAUAGGUGUUGCCCAUGUAGCUGUGAUCCCCUAA